CGGACAAACCCGAAGCCUUUCCGGAAGUUGCCGAACGGCGCCGGCCGUUGCCCACCCUCCGUCUCCUCAACGCCUCCGCCGUUUCGCCCGGCGCCGUUCCACCGCCGCCUCCUCCGCCGCCUCCUCCCCGCCGGGGGGGGCCAACCCGGUCCGCCGCCCCCGGCCCGGUGAGGCGAGGCCCGGCCCGGCAGGAUGAUCAAGCUCUUCUCGCUGAAGCAGCAGAAGAAGGAGGAGGAAUCGGCGGGAGGCACCAAGGGCACCAGCAAAAAGGCCUCGGCCGCGCAGCUCCGCAUACAGAAAGAUAUCAACGAGCUCAACCUGCCCAAGACUUGUGAGAUCGACUUCUCCGACCAGGACGACCUGCUGCACUUCCGUCUCCUCAUCUGCCCUGACGAGGGUUUCUACAAAGGAGGGAAAUUUGUCUUCAGUUUUAAGGUCGGCCAGGGUUACCCCCACGACCCACCAAAAGUGAAGUGUGAGACGAUGGUCUAUCACCCUAACAUCGACCUGGAGGGCAACGUCUGCCUCAACAUCCUCAGAGAGGACUGGAAGCCUGUCCUGACGAUAAACUCCAUCAUCUACGGCCUGCAGUACCUUUUUCUGGAGCCGAAUCCCGAGGACCCCCUGAACAAGGAGGCUGCAGAAGUGCUGCAGAGCAACCGACGUCUCUUUGAGCAGAACGUGCAGCGCUCUCUGAGGGGGGGCUACGUUGGUGCCACCUACUUUGAGCGCUGCCUCAAGUAGCCCCCCCUCCUCCCCCCCAUUCCCCAUUCCCCCCCCCUUACACCUCCUCCCCG